GCAGGGACUUGUGGAGAUGGUUCUCGCCAUGCUGGGGGCUCUGUACCCCAGGGCUGGGCUCAGUCUCUUCCUCUUUUACCUCAUCCUGGCAGCCGCACUCCUUCGUCCCCAGCCCCUGAGGUCCCAGCGGUCUGUUCCAGAGGAAUUUUCAGCCCCCCUUGAGCUCUCUCAGCCGUUUUCUAGCCUGGUGGAUGACUAUGGGGUCCGACCCAAGCACCCGUGGCCACGGGGGCCUCGGCCCCUCCUCUCCCAGGCCAGGCAACGCAAGCGGGAUGGGCCAGACAUGGCUGAGUAUUACUACGAUGUGCACGUGUGA